UGGUGACAGCUGAAAGGUGGCUCACGUCAGGCGUGUUGACAUAGUGAGCGCCUCCUGGUGGGCGCACGUGUUGCACUCGGUUAUCAGCUGUGUAUUUAAGUUCCGCAAGUUCACGUAUACAAAGUAUACUCGCAAUAUUUGUUCAUCUCUUUUCGCAUCGAGGCCGGGCGCAUCGAUUACGGGCCGCUAGCUCUUUCCGGCCAGUCGAGACCGGUCUCUGAACGACGGCGUAUCGUGAGUGCGCGUGUGCAUCGUUGGCUCCGGUAUCGAUCCCUCGGCGGAGCCGCAUUGCCGUACAUUCCGGAGGCGGUGCCUCGCCUAGUUUUCGUCGAUCGUCGGCGUGGCGGGCGCGUGUCGGCGUCGGCGACGGCCCGGGCGGCCUGCGCAGUGGAGACGACGCGUGCCAUCACUCGACUAUCCUUUCUUCCGCCAAAACCGGCUCGCUGUCCGCGGCGGACGGCUGUGAUGUAGCCGCGGCCGGCGCGAGCGGCUCUCGGACAAAGGAUCCGCGACUCGAAACUUCACGAUGAAGAAGUUCACGUUUAAGGGGGUUCUGGACGGGUUCCGCAGCUCCAUGCAGGCGGCUCCGCGGGGCACCGAGCAAGAGAUCCAGGAGACGCUGCGUCCUGAACACUUCCAAGUUAAAAAGACGUUCCGGCACGGGUUCCCGUUUUCCCCGACGGCUCUCGCCUGGGAUCCGAUACAGAAGCUGCUCGCCAUCGGGGACAAAACUGGAAACUUGAGAAUACUGGGCGGGCCGGGCGUCGACGCGCACGUGCGCCACGACGUCGGCGAGGCGGUGCUCCACGCCAAGUUCCUGAUCAACGAGGGGGCCCUCGUCACGGUCACGGCCGACGACCAGCUGCACCUCUGGACCUUCAGGCAGAAGUCGCCCCAGCGCCUGCAGUCCCUCAAAUUUCAGAGAGAAAGAGUGACCUGCCUGCAUCUGCCGCUGCAGUCGAAGUGGGUCCACGUCGGCACGGAGCGCGGCAACGUCCACGUCGUUAACGUGGAAACCUUCGCGCUCUCCGGAUACGUCAUCAAUUGGAACAAAGCCAUUGAAGUUACGAGAUCGAAUCACCCCGGGGCCGUUGUCGACAUCAGCGAGAAUCCACUUGACGCUAGUAAAUUACUGAUAGCUUUUGAAUCGGGUCUACUGGUGGUAUGGGACCUCCGCGCUCGCACCGCCGAGUGGCGGGGAGCCCUGGGGACCGGGGGGCCCGCCGACGGGGUCAGGGCCGCCGCCUGGCAACACGACGGUAAACUAAUGACUGCUCACAUCGACGGAGCCCUGGCGACAUGGACUACGAGGGGACCGAGACCUUCUUCCGUUUCUUAUCCUCAUGCGAAAGCAACCAAAGACGGUAAAUUGGAGACCUGCAAACCUAUACACAGACUUGAAUGGAAAACUUCAAAAACAGGUGAAAGCUUGGUGAUAUUCAGCGGUGGGUUGCCGACAGAUAAGGCCGGGAAAACGCACAGCAUCACAGUCCUCAACGGAAAGAGCACUACCGUGCUAGAGAUGGAGCAUAGCGUCGUUGACUUCGUAACCUUAUGCGAGACUCCCCACACUGCCGACUACCAAGAACCGUACGCGAUAGUGGUGCUGCUCCAGAACGACCUGGUGGUUAUAGACCUGCUGUCUCCAGGAUACCCCUGCUUCGAAAACCCCUACCCUAUGGACAUUCAUGAGUCUCCCGUCACAUGCUGUUCUUACUUCGCUGAUUGUCCCUCCGAUUUGAUCCCCGCGUUCUACUCAGUGGGCAGGCAGGGUAACAAGAAGGUAGCAGGGUUUAGUGAAAAGCUGUGGCCCAUCAACGGUGGAGAGUGGGCACCCGCCUCUUGCUCAUACAGCGAAAUUAUACUCACCGGGCACGCGGACGGUAGUGUCAAGUUCUGGGACGCGAGUGCGGGUACUUUACAGAUCUUGUACAAACUGAAAUGUUCUAAAGUGUUCGAGCGCGGGGGGGUGGCGGGCGGCGGGGCGGCGGGCGAGGAGAGCCCGGUGGCGGCGCAGCAGCUGGCGCUCUGUGCGGAGUCGCGGCGCCUCGCGGUGGCGCUCCCGCACGGACACGUGCUGCUCUUCAAGUUCCGCAAGACGGAGACGCACGGAGAGACACACGUUAUAGAAGUCCCUAUGAUCACGGACACGCUGGAAGAGGAAACGUCUCCGGAGGCCGAGGGCGGGAGGUCCAUGUCGUUCAGUCGAGGAGCGGACUCUGUAGAAGGAGAAAAUAGAAGGUCUGGCGUGUGGGGCGGCUGGUCGUCACUGCGCGUACGCGGCGCCAGCGGCACUGGGGGCGCGCGGCGUGCUGCGGGGUUCCAGCCCGCACUCGUGGCGCUGCAGCCCGGCCCGCCCCACGCCGUCACCGCACUCACGCUCAAUUCUUCCUACGGACUUAUGGCGUGGGGCGGGGAUCGCGGGGUGGUGGUGGUGGACAUGUCCCGGCGGUGCGUGGUGUCGGCGCUGUGCACGGCCGCGCUGUACCACGCGCCGCGACACACAGAGAGACAGCGGUCGCCCAGCCUCGACCAGGCGGAGGAGACGCCGCGGCCCUCGCCCGCGCUCAGCCCCGAGGCGCCUGAGGAGGCCGCACUGCCCCCGUUGCCGCUCGAGGAGAAACCUAAGCUCGAUCCGCGCCGGAAGUCCACCUCCUGGAAGAACUUCAACCUCAAGCGACAGCUCUCUAAGGUCGACCUCAAGUUCAAGGCCGCCUUUGCAGUUCCCACCGAGAACAACUUGGAAGAGACGGUCGCAGAAAAGAGCACUUCUCAAUUUUAUUGCGAAGCGACCGAUAAAACCGACGCCGCGGUCGAACCUAACGCGGAGUCACCUGAACUCGACGAUAACAAGACUGUAGUGAACGAAGAGGACAAGAGUCAACUAUCUUCACCGCUGCGGGUGUGCUCCGACGUGUUCGAAAGAAUGCAUAAGGAACUACAGGAAAAGAGGUCCUCUGAUGUUUAUGAUAGGAUGCACAAAGAGCUACAAGAACGGUGGAAGGACAAGGAAGCCAACGAACCUGCUGUCUCCCCCGACGUCUCUCCCGUUGUCGAAGAAGAGAAGGCAACGCGACCCGACAACCUACCUUUAUUCGAAGAAGACGGAAGGCCGACCAGACCGCCUCGCCAAAAGGGAAAGAUCAAAAAAGAGGAUGUCGAAAAGAAGGAUCAGCGAGACCAAAGGCUGCUGUCGGUGCCAAAUAUUAAGUACAGUAAGCAGGAGGGUGCGAAGGAGACGCGACGCAAGCAGCCCUCCAGCCAGCAGGCGUCGUUCGCCGGCAACCUGAUGCGGCGCUUUAGACAGUUAGUAGCGGCCCUGUGCCCGCACAGAGAAGCCGAGGGCCCGUCCGCCGAGCAGGUCGUCGAGCUGCCCCGCGCGCUGGACAAACUGGAUAGUUCGUUCUCCCGGUCUCGUUCGAGCAGCAUGUCAAGUCUGGAGAACAUAUCGCAGGAAGGCAUACAGUGCCUCGCCUUUGCCGACAGCUACACGAAGAAGUCUGAUCCGACUACGUUACUGCCAACAUUAUGGAUCGGCACAACAUUAGGGUCCGUGCUCACCAUGAUGAUCAGCCUGCCGGAGGCCGACCUGAGGCACACGCAGCCGGUAGUCGUCUCCACAAGUGGAGGUCCCAUAUUUAGAUUAAGAGGUUCCAUACUGACGAUGUCAUUCCUCGACUGCAAUGGUGCUUUAAUUCCUUAUUCAUAUGAAAGUUGGAAAGACGACAGUAAAGAUGUUCGUGAGCGUCGGGAACGAACACCCACUAAGCAGAGUUCUUCAAGUAGUGGCAGUAGAAUGAGCCCGACUCCCGGCCCCACGGAGUGCUCCUCCACAGUGGGCGACAGGCAGUUCGUAGUGAUCGCCUCCGAGAAGCAGGCCAGGGUGGUGGCCUUGCCCAGUCAAAACUGUGUUUAUAGACAACAAAUUGUUGAAACUGAUUUUAUCGUUAAAGCUGAAAUCGUUAGCUUGAAAGAUAGUGUUUGCUUGGUCAAUUACUUGUCAACCGGGCACCUGGCGGCGUACAGUCUGCCCUCACUGCGGCCUCUCAUCGACGUCGACUUCCUCCCUCUCACCGAACUCAGCUUCCAGACACAGUCCAAACAGAGGGGUAUCGUAGACCCAAUGCUGAGUAUUUGGGGCCAACAGCUCAUUGUAAACGAGGACACCGAUCAGAUAGCGAAGACGUUCUGCUUCAGUAACCGCGGGCACGGCCUGUACCUCGCUUCGCCUUCCGAAAUACAGAAGUUCACGAUCGACGCUGAGUUCUGCCAACAAUUGAACGAAAUGUUGGGAGAAGUAUUCUUGGCGCGCGACAUGCCGGAGCCGCCGAAGGAGAGCUUCUUCAGGGGACUUUUCGGUGGAGGAGCGAGACCUCUUGAUCGAGAGGAGCUUUUCGGGGAAAGCAGUGGAAAGGCCAGUCGCACCGUCGCCAAGCACAUCCCGGGGCCAGCCUCAGGCUUGGACCAGCUCGGAGUCCGGGCCUCCACCGCUGCCAGCGAGGUCUCGCGCGCUCACCAGAUGGUCGUGGAGCGCGGAGACAAGUUGUCGCAGCUCGAGGACCGCACCGAGCGGAUGCACUCGCAGGCCGCCGAGUUCUCCUCCUCCGCGCACCAGCUCAUGCUCAAGUACAAGGACAAGAAAUGGUACCAGCUGUGAAGCGUCCCACGGACCCCCGUCGCGGUUUUGUACAUGUCUGUAUGUAUAGUAUAGAUAAAGUAGUAAAACGAGUAGCAGUUUAGUGACGUAACUUUUCUAUCGAUGCUGCACUGUCGGCUCUAGGUGCUGACCUCAUGAAUUUCCUCGGAGGCCGAUAUCCGGUCGCGUCCUUUAGAGCUUAGCUGUCGAAGUAGUCGUCGUAUGGAGUGUUCGUGUAGACGCGACGAACGAACGCACAAAUUGGUAUCAGCAGCGAGCGUAGUGACCCGCUUCUCCGCGAUCAGUCCUUCAAUUAUUUCUGUGCCUAGGCAAGUCUAGAUUUCUUCAUCAAACACGAUUCCUUUGUUGUUUCGACAGCUUUACCGUCGCAGUGGACACAGUUACCAUUUUUAUAUAAAAAUAUCGAUAGUUGUAUCUGUACUUUCGACGAUGUUUUCAAAAGUUUUAUUUAACUUUGAUUACAUUGGGAAAAAUUAAAAAUUUCUUAAAUUUAUUAUUCGUUUAACUAUUAUUCUAUGAUAUUCUAUGAUAAUCGGGAAUUGUUUUUACAACAUCUCCCCUGUAUACUUUCAAUAUACACAAAACAUUUCCAGUCUAACUAAAUCUGCGACAACUAGGAAAUGUCGACAAUGUUUUUGACAUCGGGUCGUUCACUGCAAAUGUCAAUGUCACAAUGACAGCUACAUUCGUUCCGUCGAUGACUUGAUACUAAUGUACUUGUUGAUGUAGUGAAAAUUCGUUCGCUAAUUUUCUUACUACCUUAAUUAAAACUACUUUGAUGGUGUAGACUUAAGAUUAUAACAAGGUCAUUUUCAUUUUAUAUUAUCCAACGUUUGAAAUCGGAUGACCAAGAUCUUAUUUGUCCAUAAUAUAUAAUGUUUAUUGACAAGUUUGGUAGAUUGUUCAACUUGGUCGUUCAUGUACACGAUAUAGAAACCCAGGCGUUUGAGAAGCGCCAACUAUGAUCUUAAUCAAAAUUAGGGUCUUACGUGUCAACGACCUACGUGGAUUUGAUUUAAUUUUGUUUUGCAAGUAUUUGCAUUUUGGUAAAUUUUAUAAAAUGGUUGACUCCACUGUCGAGAUCUUGUAGACAAACUGCAGGUUUGUGUACUCGAUUCUUCUUGACAUAAACUAUUCUAAACCGCUCCUUUUCUUUAACUGAAAUUGUAAGCCGUAAAAGUACUUUUGAUUAUGUCCACGAUCAAAAAAUAAAAGAAUUCCUAAUGCCUUAAUAUUCCUUCACGUUACUUACUAAUAUGUGAUACGUGCAUCGUUAAAAUAACUGAAUACCUCUAGAAACUCUCUCGCAUUCCGUCGUGUUUGAAGUCUGAACAUGAAUUUUAAAAAAUGUUUUGAGGUUUCAUUGAUUCAUAAUUUUUAAUUUUUUCUUUUUAAAUAGAUAUUGUGACCAUACCAGUAUAAAAAAGGAGUCGAUCACAAAUAAAUAGUAAUGAGCACCCAAAGUCACUCUCUACUCUCUGCCCGUCCGCGUUGCACCCGCGCGUCACGAAUCUCAGUUCCCGUCCCACUCCCAGCCGCGGCUGACCCACUGGGAAUUGAAAACUGUCUAAACAAUAAAUAAAUAAAAAUUUGGGUUUACCAACAUCACCAUCAAACCAAAAAAUUUACCAACAUCAACAGCAAACUAAAUGACCACCUAAACAGUUGGAACAUAAUUUUUAAGCGUGCGGGAUGCGGGGGAUGUUCACGUAUUCUGAUUUAGAGAUAGAUGGAGGUAUUUUGACAUGUGGCUAGGCCAAUACUAAUUUUAUUAUCUUUAUCCAACGUAGGCUGCAUUUAAUUUAUAUUCCAAUAAAUGAAUAAUGUGAAUUUUAGUACCUUUUUGCGUAAAAUUGAGAUUAUUUAAAUGUUGCUACUUAUUAAUAAUUUGUAGAUUUAAAUGAGAUAGAUGCAAAAUACUAAACAAUAUUAUAUGAGUCAACUAGACAUGCUAUGGUGAUCUGUAUAAAGUAUUAAAUUAAUAUAUAAAAUAGAUAAAUGUAAUAUUAUAUUAUAUAGUUGAAAUUUUAAGCAUUGGAUGACAAUAAUUUUGUUAAAGUUAUUUCUCAGUUGUGUGUUAGUGUCGUGCCGUUUCGGUACAUUUGAUUUUCUUUUCGUGCGGAAGUUUUAUUUUUAUUGCAUUUUUAUUAUUAUACUUAUUUUAUGUACGUAAUUAAACUUUUCAUUCUUAAUUAGAAAUCAUUUAAUGUACUUAUUCUCAAUUUAAAAGCAACAUUUUGAAUCGCCUUAUUAUAAAAGCAAUAUUGAAUUCGGGUUGCAAGCCUAAACAAGACCAAUCGUUGUUGUGUCGGUGUUGCUAGCGCUAAAUGUAUAAAUGACGCGUUAAAUAUUGUAAACUACUAAACGCUAUUUGUAUAUCGCUGUGUAUUUUAAGGUAAUAGCAGAGAUACUCGUUAAAAUAUUUUUAUGACCUUUAGUCGGCUCAGUCUGAGCAACUUUAUUAUUUCAACAAAUAUUGGCAGUUCGAUUUAUUUGCGAAGCCAAUGGUUUCAGUGUUCCAAGGGAUCCGCCUUUAGCUCGUAGGCAGAGCUAAUGAAGCUGUGACUUGGGAAUUAAAUAUUUCUACUUUAGGCAUAUUUUCUAAUUUUGGUUAGUUUUUAGCUUCCAUCAUGACGAGCAUGCGGCACGGUAAUGAAGACUUUUUUCAGAAGAUUCGAGAACUAUUUCAAUGAAUUUCAUCUGCUCAUAAUAAUGAUAUCCUGUAGAGUACAGAGUGUGCCGGGCGAUCUCUCUGCUUCUUUACAGCCAGUUCCUUACGUUACGUUUAUUGUUUACUCUAUAUUUACGUCCAAUGUUAAUUAUUCGCUAAACCUAAUAAGUCUAUAAGUUUUUAGCUUGAUUUACAUACCGUAGACUGGCUAGUUCUGUAAAUUCGCAAAUAUUUGAAACAUUUUGAAAAUAGCUUUUAACAUAUUUAUUUUUGAUAAAUAAUUCCAAAGGUUAGUUCUAAAAGUUGAUAUGCAAUAAAAUGACUAAUGGAUCAUAAUGUAUCCGUUCUUGUUAGUCAAUAAAUGAGGGUCACUGAAGAACACUGGGUGGUGACGUUGAAAUGUAAAGAGAAAUAAUUUACACAAUCGCACCUCUAGAACUUAUCUGACACAGUUGAAAAUGUUGCUAUUUGCGAACGGAUACUUCGAGAAUGUGCGUUUACAAUAUAACACAACAGAAACAUUACUAAUUUAGUGGUGGUGUUGGUACAGACAUUCCAAUUACUAGGCUACUCUGCCCAAUCCUAGAACCAACCAUGCGUACCGCAUGAAAGGUACCGCACUGGCUCUCUCGAUGCUAAUAAAAUAUAAUAUGUAUGAAAAUUGAAAGAUUACGAAAUUAUAAUAGAUAGCAGUUUUAAAAUUUGUUGAUGUUAUGUAAACUGUAGAAUGUUAAUGUGUCACUUCGAUCCAAAUAUAGGUGUCGACGAAUUGUCUAUACCUAAAUGAUUGCCAGCGAAUAAAUACCGCGGAAUACUAAGUAACUGACAUAAACAAGGCAGUCAUUAACGGCACGUUUCAAUUAAUUGAGUUAUCUAUACAAAUGCAAUCCUUAGAUUCAAGAAAAAAUGUGUUUCAAUAAAUGUUAAAAUAAUGUCUAAAUACGUAUAUAUAUAUUAUUGUUACUGUUUUGUAUGUAGGGGCGAUAGAUAGUUAUGUUUAGGCAGACUUUUUUAUAAAUUAUCGGGAGUGACACAGAAAUUUUGUUACGAUGUCCACCUGUUGUUUUAAUCGAUGUUAUAUUUUCGUAGCUAUUUACAAUUUUAGCUGUUGAAAAACCUGUUUGAGGCAUGUCUCGGAUUUUUAUAGAUUUUAAAAAGUAUAAAAUAUUAAGUCUAUUAUGAUAGAAUACAGUGCUAAUUGUGUUUGUCGAACAAGAAGUCUCAAACACAGUACUUCAAAAUAACAUGUAACAUGAGUAGUAAAAUGUUUAAUUUAUGAAAUCACAAGAUGCACCUACGUAACAAAACUAAAAUUCGCCAAUGUAUUUUUACUUUCUCUAAUUUAUGUGUAAUAUAUCUUAAUGCGCUUUUAUAUGUAAAAUCACACGAAACGUAAACAGAGAAACUGUAACUAUCAUAACAAUAAAAUUAUUAACACUUUUUAAUUCAAUCCUCUUUUCCGAACUUGUCUCAAACUAGGAAGAAUUUUAACAAAAAAAUUUAAAUAUUUCUUUAAACAUUUUGCUGUACAUGAUGGGGCCGUAUCUCGGUGGCAUAUCAAUGGAUAUAUCAUAAUGUUAUCACGUACCAACUACACGAGGAUAAAUAUAUUCGUAUACUUUUGAAAAACGGCUUACCACGGUCUCUAUGAUCCCUUACGGAAAAAUUAGUGAAUAAAUAAUGCAUUUUCCAUUUUCACAUUGUCACUUCACUAUUGACUCAUUCUCUUUUCUGUAAGGAUUUAACAUUAACCAAAUGUCUGCCCCGUCUCCUUCUCUCGCAAGUUCAUUCAAUACUUCACUGUGGUGCAUAGUUACGAAUAUAUUUUAUUAUAUAUUUUAUAAGCAGAGUUCUACGAUAUCGUUAAAGUGCAAUAAGCGUUGUUUAUCAAUCGUCUAGUCUGUCCUUCCAGUCCCAACUCACCUCAUAGUAUACAAAUAUUAUUACUAUAAUAUUAAAAAGCAUCAAGUUAAGUUUUGUUUGAUUCUAUCGUUGUUAUUGUUGAAGUCACGUUGCUAUGUAAGUUAUAAACAUUUACGUUUCCAUAAAUGCAAUUAAUAAUAAUAGAUUAAUGGGGAUGUGCUAAUAAUUAUAAUCUUAAUUACAUCAUUUCAUUGACUGGCACGUUCCCGACGGAAUCUAAAGCAAAUGCUAAAUUAAUUUUGAAAUUAUGGGACUAACGUAAUAAUAAUAAGAUAUGUAAAUAAAGUUAUAAAGAGAAAAAAACUUGUGGCAAAUUAAUGAUUGUUAUCUAAAGUAGAAUCAUUUCAGCGCCAUUUUGUAUCGACUUCAGAACGUUUCCUAGCGUCGCCACAGCGGCCACUAUACAGACUGUACAUAAUAUGGAAGCUGUUGGACUAUAUUAUUUAGUUUGGUAGAUGAAUAUUAUAGUCAUUACAAUAUAUAAAUAAAUUAUAAAAAUAUUAAAAAUAAACUUAUAUCAAAAUGUA